AUGGUUCCUUCCCUCCCAGCCAAUCGCGCGAAUAAGCUGCGCGCGCAGCUCUCCCCUUUCUUCUUCCGGCGUGGCUUCCGUUGAAAGGCUGCGGCAGCCAUGGCAAUCCGCUACCCGAUGGCCGUUGGCCUCAACAAGGGCCACAAGGUGACCAAGAAUGUGGUUAAGCCACGCCAGUGCCGACGCCGUGGGCGCUUGACCAAACACACCAAAUUUGUUCGGGACAUGAUCCGGGAAGUGUGUGGCUUCGCACCCUACGAGAGACGUGCAAUGGAAUUGUUGAAAGUCUCCAAAGAUAAGCGAGCUCUGAAAUUCAUAAAGAAACGGGUGGGGACUCACAUCCGGGCCAAGAGAAAGCGUGAAGAACUCAGCAAUGUUUUGGCAGCCAUGAGGAAGGCUGCUGCCAAGAAGGACUGAGAGUGGCUUUAUCCCAAUAAAAAGUUGUUUUGAACACCCA